AUUCCUUAAUUUGCAACCCACCUGACAAGUGCCCUCCUCGAGAUAUGCCAAGCUAUCGUGAGCUUCUGUGCACCAAACUAUCCACCAAUUUCCGCGAGGCGACCGAGAUCGUGACGCAUCCGGAUUUACCGAAGGCCAACGCCGGUCACAUUGUGGUCAAGAACAAAUAUCUGGGUGUGAACGCCACCGACAUCAACGUGACUAAUGGCGUCUUCAACGAAAAUCCUCCACCUUUUGGCACGGGUCUGGACGCUGUUGGCACCGUGGUCGAAGUCGGCCAAGGUGUUACCGAAGUUAAAGUGGGCGAUUACGUCGUGUAUGACAAGUUCGGCGCUUACGCUGAAUACGUCGAGGUGCCCAUCGGCUCCGUACACAAGCUACCAGAGCUCUCACCAGCAGCGCUGCCAUUGACGGUGUGUGGUAUCUCAGCGUCUAUUGCUAUAAAGGAAUGCGGCGAGCUCAAAACCAACGAGACGGUGUUCGUGACGGCGGCAGCUGGAGGAGCCGGUCAGUUUGUGGUGCAGCUCGCAAAGAUGGCCGGAAACCACGUUAUCGGCACAUGCAGCAACGACGAGAAGGCCAGAUAUUUGAAGGAACUCGGCUGUGAUCGUGUGAUCAACUACAACAAGGAGAAUAUCGCCGAGGUGCUAAAGGCAGAGUACCCUAAGGGUAUCGACAUCGCAUUCGAAACCAUCGGAGGGGACAUGUUCAAGAUCGUGUUCGACAAUAUGGCCAUCCGCGGUCGUAUCAUUGUGUUUGGGCACAUUUCAGAGUACCGUGGCGACGCCCCACGCUCACCCUUCACCGUCAGUGCGAUGAAUGAAGUACUGCUCAUGAAGGCAAUUACUGUUCGUGGGUUCCUCCUACGCACGUAUAGCGACAUCAUCCCGACCCACAUGGUCAAUCUCUUCAAACUUAUCAAGGAGGGGAAACUGCUUGCUGGCGUGGACCCCACCGAGUUCCACGGACUCGAACAGGUCUCGGAUGCCAUUGCCCACAUGUACGCUCAUAAGAACAUCGGCAAGAUCGUGGUGCAGCUACCGUAGAGAUUACAAUCCAUUCGUUCAGGAGGCGGUCACAACAAUGACCAUUGCCGUUAAACAGGGUGAGGAUAAUGAAUCACUAGAUGUUAGCUUCAGUUUUCCGCUUUCAUCACAGGGCCCUGUUGAAAAAAAACACACGCACACACACAGAGACUAAAACCACUGGGUUUUCGACGAUAUCGUAAAAGAUACCUCUCGCGCUGGAAAAAGACAAUGUACUAAGCAUGCAUGUGAUGC